AUGAGAUUCAAAGAAUCUAAGAUUCACACAAACGAGCUACAGCUGCGGGUGUCGCACGGAUGCGUGUCGAAGAUCCUGAACCGGUACCAGGAGACCGGAAGCAUCCGUCCGGGAGUAAUCGGGGGCAGCAAACCGAGAGUAGCGACGCCGGAGGUGGAAGCUCGGAUCGAGGAGUACAAACGCGACAAUCCUGGCAUAUUCUCGUGGGAGAUAAGAGAUCGGCUGAUAAAGGAGGGGAUCUGCGACAGGACGAGCGCCCCGAGUGUUUCGGCGAUUUCCCGACUCCUGAGGGGCCGGGACCCGGAGGACGAGGCGAAGCUGGGAGACGGAAAAACAAGUUCCGGUUCGGACUGCGAGAGCGAGCCAGGUAUUCCACUGAAGCGAAAGCAACGUCGCAGUCGGACGACCUUCACGGCCCACCAGCUCGACGAACUCGAAAGAGCCUUCGAGAGGACGCAGUAUCCGGACAUUUACACGCGAGAGGAACUCGCCCAGAGGACGAAGCUGACGGAGGCCAGGAUCCAAGUCUGGUUCAGCAACCGACGGGCCCGUCUGCGGAAACAGCUCUCCUCCACCACCGCCGCCGGUUACGUCGGCUCCGUCGGCUCCGUCGCCUAUCCCGCUGCCUCCUACGUCCUCCACCCCCCGGCGGCACUCAAUCCACAUCCGGGGUCCGGCGUCUCCGGGGGACAUCCGCACCCCCAUUCUCACGGACACUCGCACCCCCAGACGAUACCGGAAACAGCCUUCUCCUCCAGCCAAGUUCCAGAGCUCUACUCGUCUCACCAUACGACGAUGUCUCAUCAGCUGGGAACCGAGUCAACGCGCCUCUCGUCGGGUUCGACGCCAACGUACACGUUACCGACGUCGGUGACGUAUCCGUCGCCGUUGCUGCCACCAACGUCGUCGUCCGCGGGUCACAUGAGCCAUCAGAUAUCGUCAGCAGCGCCAGCACCGUCAACCUACCAGCAGACGACGACCCACCAGUUGCCACCAACCCCGAAUUCCAUGGUGACGAUGAUGGGGCCGAACUCGGGAAACUCGAACCCCGCUUCGGACCAGCUGACCAGCUCCGAGCUUCCGAUUACCUCCGUCUCGCCCGUGAAUCACCAGCAGCAGCAGCAACAGCAGCAGCAGCAGCAGCAAACGGGGGGAAGCUCGCCCUCCUGGAGCAUCCCGAUUCCCGGAUCCGGACGCGUCGGGCUUCCCAGCCCCCCCUCGAGCCUCCAGCAGGCCCAUCCGCAUCACCCCUCUCACGGCCAUCAGGCCUUUGCCACUCAUUACGCAACCCAGGGCUUCCAGCAACCGCCCCGACCAAAUCCACAUCAGCCAUUCUACAGCUGAGGGUGGAGAAACAGAGACUACCGGAGGAUCGAGGGAACGCAAUUAUCUUGUCGGAUAAGCCUCGAUUUUUGAAAUGCUGAACAUAUUGAGUGAAUCUAAAGUCUCGUUACGGCCAGUGCAAAAGCGUGUAUAUAUAGUAAUAUAUAGUUUAAAACAUUAUUAUAUUACACAUACGUGAUAUGAUUUGUAACC